AUGGGUCGUCGGUCGUCGAUCUCUCGAUCUCCAUCACGGUCUAGACCGCGAUCGUCACGCGCAAGGCGGCGUGAUUCUUUCUCGUCGAGAUCCUCUAGCGGCUCGCCAUCACGAAGCGAUAAGAGUAGGAAGUCGCAGCUGAAAGACCAGAUCAAGGAUAAGACAACCACUACAAGCGGCCUCAAGACAUCCUUGGUCUUCUUAGGCUCGGUGGCAGCUGCAACGUAUGCUGCCCAUAAGUACUGGCCCAAGGGUGUAACGUACGGCGACAAGGAAGACUGGGAGCUAGAAAAGGAAAUCAAGAAGGAAAAGGCCAAGAAAAAUAUGGAGCGCCAUGGGAACGGCGACUAUUAUGAUGGCCCAUCGCGCAGGGCGGAUGAUCGACUACCGCUACCACCUCCCAACACUCGGCGCAGGGACCGCGAUUACGAACGACCACGCAGUACUCACGGGGUUCUGGGGAUUGAGGGCCCGCCGCCUAGAAGACGUGGCACUCCUGAACUUGACGAAAUCAUAUACGUGCGGCGUCCAAGUGCCAACCGGAGCCAGGCUGAGAGGCUAAGCACCAUGAGUCAGGUCAGCGGGAGCCGGACAGGAGAUGUGAGGCGUGCGCAAUAUGUCGAGGACAAUCGUACAGUCCAUGCUGACAGGCGGUCACAUGCUACAUCCCAUGAUGAGAGAGAUUUCGAUUACCAGAAUGCCCAACGUUAUGUCGCCACGGAUCCACGGCCCAGGAGGUAUUCGUUUGAUGAGCCCUCUGAUCCUCGGCGCAGCGAUCGGAUUAUAUACACAGGUCGGAAUGACAACUAUCGAUGA